AUGAGUGCCCCCGUCGUGUCCUGCCAGUCCUCCAGCUGUCCCAACGGCCAUCCGCCCUCGCGCCUAGAGUGUCCCACCUGCCACAAGCUGGGGAUCACUGGCUCCUUUUUCUGCGGUCAGGAAUGUUUCAAGGCCAACUGGAAAACGCACAAGAUCGUCCAUGAUCUCGUGACUCCCAGGCAGACCCUCCUCAACGAUCCUAAUAUCAACAAAGACGGCACCUUCAACCCGUUCGGCACGUUCAAGUUCACUGGCCCCCUUCGUCCUGUCUACCCGCUUUCCCCUCGACGACCCGUCCCGGACCAUAUUGUGCGCCCUGACUAUGCGGAGACAGGCAUUCCCACUUCAGAGAACAGACGGGCGGGACAGCCGCCCAAAAUCUUGACUCUCGAGGAGCAGGAAACCAUGCGCAAUGUCUGCAAGUUAUCCCGGGAGAUCCUUGAUCUCGCUGCUGCCGCUAUCCGUCCAGGCAUCACUACCGACGAGCUGGACGAAAUCGUUCACAAUGCCAGUAUCGAGCGCGGUGGCUACCCAUCCCCGCUCAAUUACCGCAACUAUCCCAAGUCUGUCUGCACGUCCAUCAACGAAGUGAUUUGCCACGGCAUUCCCGAUAAACGGAAGCUCCAAGAGGGGGACAUUGUCAACAUCGAUGUGUCGUUCUACAAAGAUGGCUUCCACAGCGAUCUUAAUGAGACGUAUCCCGUUGGGCAAGUCGAUGAGGAUUCGAAACGGUUGAUGCGGACGGCGCGCAAGACCCUUGAUGAGUCCAUCAAGCUCUGUAAGCCUGGUGCGCUAUUCCGCGAUCUCGGCAAGACGAUAGAGCCCAUUGCCCGCCAGAAUGGAUGCUCAGUUGUGCGCACGUACUGCGGCCACGGAAUCAACGACCUCUUCCACCCCGCGCCGAGCAUUCCACACUACGCUAAAAACAAGGCGAUCGGCACGAUGCGUCCUGGCAUGACCUUCACCAUCGAACCUAUGAUCAACCUCGGACAUUGGGAUCUCGAACAUUGGCCUGACAACUGGACCGCAACCACCAUAGAUGGGAAGCGCAGUGCUCAGUUCGAAGAGACACUGCUUAUCACAGAAACAGGCGUCGAGGUUCUCACUGCGGGUAAGCCCAGAGAAGACCUCCAGUAG